AUGUCGCUCUCCGUGCUGCAGCCUAGCCAGCAGAAGCUGGCGGAGAAGCUCACCAUCCUCAACGACCGGGUCGUCGGCAUGGUCACACGCCUCUACAACAUCAAGCAGUUCUUUUGGUAUGUAAGUGGGAGCGUGAGAAGAGAAUGGUUCAUCUGGAUGAACCCUACAUCUCCUCCACUUGGCCUUUUUAUUCUGGAUCGCCAAGUAAAAGCCAUUGAAGAGUGUGUUGACGAUUUGGAAUUAUUUCAUUUUGAAGGUGGAAAGGAGGUGGGAGCGAGGGUGGAACCAGUUUUCUCCUGA